CUUUCACUAACUCCAAAUUUUGACAAGGCAUUUGCAUCGCACAUUCACCACGUCGGUGUCCAUUGACAGCCUAGCCUCAAUACGCAUAUCCACUUCAUGGACCUCAACUACUAGCACAACCUCGCUACUCGUGAGAGCUGCUCUCCGAUACCAUGUGUGCAACCGUUCUUCACAGUCCCACAGAGUGUCCGUGCUCUUAAAUAUGCGAUUCUGGCCAUUCCCACCUUGCUCCUCCUCUCCAUGCCCAGUGUUAUUUGUAUUGUAAUCCGAACUUUCUCCUAAUACACCAUUCCUCAGCUCCUCUCAUGACGCUUCUGUCAUUGGCCAUCAGUUCUAUUAUUUUGCUGGCUAUCAUAUCGGAUGUGGUUGGAGCUCCUCAAGGGUAUACGUCAUCUGCUCGACAGUUUAUAUCUUUGACACGGAAGACGCAGCCUUCACGGAACAUCUCAGAGUGGGCGGAGUAUGCCAAGAACCUGCGGGAUGCCACAAUUACGAAGUACUCUUCACAACUUAGUCAAAAGCGGGGAACGGGCGAGAAUUUGAUGGUCAACCAGGGGAUUGACACAAACUUCUACGGAUCCCUGGCUGUUGGUACACCGCCUUACCCAUUUGCCGUAAUUUUAGAUACCGGAUCCUCAGAUAUGUGGGUUUCAUCGUCGGCAUGCCAAUCUACAUGUGCAGGAACGGGUAAUUUUGACCCGGCAAAAUCCUCUACGUUUAAAAAUAUGAGUAAGAGCUUCAGUGUGACCUACGAGAAAGGUUACGCAGCAGGCACUGUCGGGCAAGAUGUUGUCCAAAUGGCAGGUUUCACGAUCUCUGAUCAAACAUUCGGGGUAGUGACAACUACUACAGCGAACUUCUUGCAAAAUCCUGUCACCGGUAUAUUUGGUCUCGCGUGGCAGUCGCUCGCAGCCUCUGGUGCUAUGCCGUUUUGGCAAGCACUUGCAAGUAAUGGCCAAUGGAAUCAACCCUUAAUGGCUUUCCAGUUGACUCGCUUUUUAAAUGACAGCCGAGCUGGCGAACUAGAACCUGGUGGAUCUUUUACAAUGGGAUAUACAAACGAGAGUUUAUACACUGGGACGAUCGACUACCAGGAUAUUCCCAAUGGACAAGCUUCGUACUGGCUUCAACAAAUUACUUCGAUGACUGUGCAAGGAGAAUCUAUAUCUUUGCCAAGUGGCAGUGCGUCUUAUGCUGCAAUUGAUACCGGUACGACACUCGUGGCAGGGCCUGCGGCUAGCAUCGCAGCCAUUUACGCUCAGAUCCCUGGAUCUCAGCCUGGGACGGGUAGCUGGGAGGGAUUCUACAGUUACCCCUGUAACACUGCUGUUGUGGUGGAGAUCUCGUUUGGAGGGCCCAAUUGGUCGAUCAGCCCCGGUGAUUUCGCAUUCACAUCCAUAGGGCCCACCUCGGAUGAAUGCUAUGGUGCAUUUUACGCAAUACCCACAUCUGGUGCCAGUGGGACCCCUUCCUGGAUUUUAGGCGACACGUUCCUGAAAAACGUUUAUUCAGUUUUCCGGUACGAUCCCCCGUCUGUCGGAUUCGCGGCAUUGUCAGAAAUUGCACUUGAAAUGAAUGGCUUGGCUGGAGGAAUACCUUCCGCUACUCUCGGUGCUAACUCAGCAAUGUUUACGUUGGAGCCAAGCGCGGCACCCCCAACACGCACCUCUAGCGCAGUUGCAAUCGUCAUCUCCGCUUUCUUCGCCACCUUGUUUUCAUUUGUACAAGCAUAAUGCUGCGGUUGUGGACAUACUGCUGCAUUUACAGCACCUACCACCUAGGCACAGCCCGACAUACAGGGGUGGCUGUGCUCAGAUCGUCAUCUGAAACUGAUAACCUGUUGGGCAUCGCUAGAUGUUGUAAUUGUAGGGGGCGCAUCGCUACAAGAGCACAUGAUUUACUGUAGCUGUUCGUCAGACAGGCUCGUGUGUUACCACGUUCCUCGAAACUAUUAUAUCACACAUUUCCGGUUAGCCAGUUCCUAGUUAGUGCUAAUAGC